AUCUGAGUCAGGUGAAUUGGGCGUAGCUCUAUUUGUCAUAUUGUGAAGACAUAUUCGUUAGAUAUUCCCAUGUGCUUUUAGGCGACAGUUUCUAAACUUUAUGUUAAAAAGUACGUGUGACCAUGGCAUAGUUUGCGAAUUAAAGAGAAGAGUGAGUCAGAGAGAGAGAGAGAGAGAGAGAGAGAGAGAGAGAGAGAGAGAGAGAGAGAGAGAGAGAAUAGUGAUCUCUAUAUUUUAUUUCAGUACUGUGUCGACCGUCAUUGGAGCUUUACUAUUCACCCUUGGUCUGCUUCUGGUUUUGUCAUGUUUUCUGUUAUGCUUACACGCCUGUUUUGUGAUGUACGUCAAAGACCAAUCAACGCAAACCCAAGAUAGCGACAUCAACACAUCUUCAAACAGCAAAAGAGAUUCUGAUCAAAUUCCGACAUACGCUUUUAUUGACAAGAAACCGCCACCUUCACCUUCCAGCAUCCAUAACGGUCGAGUUGCACCAAAGAAAUUCGUGACCAUUGGUGGUUAUGCAUCCCAAAACAACGCAGCAGAUUUGGGAUCUCAUAAUAGGACAACUCCAGAGUAUGGAACUGCGGCUCAUGAAAAUAGCAGAUUCAAUUCUAAAUAUCCAACAUCUAAUGCAAGACAGCAACAGUUUCAACAAGGGCCUCAGCGAGUUGCGCAGCAAUCGUAUGCUUUUCCAAUGAACUCAUCGCAUCCAACACCAUAUAGCACUCUGAAGCAACAAAAUCAGAGACAGCAACCAAUCGUCCAUCAUCAACAACAGCAGCAACAGCAACAACAUAAUGAUAUCCAGCAAAGCAACUUUAGAUUUAAUUCGUACGCCGAAGACAUGGAUUACGAUAAUCCCGUGGAAACUAUGCCAUUGAUGGCAGAAAAACAGCAGUCUGUUCAUUUCAAAACUUCAAACGACGACACGUUUGAACCAAAGCCUCUUGUUUAUCCGUCUGCCAGACGACCUAUAACCUUUUAUCAAAUGUCGUCUUCAAAGAUGAGCAUUUAUGACAAUAUGCAGUUCGGUUUAGAUUCUUUUAAACAGGACAGAGAAAUUGAUUGACUUGUCUACAGUUGCUUCGUUGAAGCACUUCAGUGACUAUAUGCAUUGAACAGUUUAAUUAUUACCAAAUACCCUACUGUUGAUAUGUAUCUUUUUGGCUAGUUAUAUAACAAAGCAUAAGUGUAGCCCGGUCACAGGAAAAUUCAAUGGUAUAAAUUGAUUUUAAAAGAAAUUAAAUGAAAGUAAAGAUAAAAAAUUACAGAUUUUUAUAUAUUUUGAAAAUUUGAAUAACUCACAAUUUUUUUUUUAAUUUCAUACAUUUAUUAUUUUUGAUAUAUAAUUUUAUUCUGAUUUUUGUAUAUCAAUAUAUUAUUGCAUUUUGUAAAUAUAAUCAUUGCAUGAACGGAAACAGGAAUUGAACGAGAAUAUCCGUCUGAGUGUGAAUGAUAAAGCGUUUCUAUGAAUAUAACUGUAAUUAUAAAUGUUAUAAAAUAU